UUUUAUCUGAUAGCGGCGUAAAACAAUCCGCGUAGGGUCUCCCACCUCCUUAUCGGACGUGGUCCCGACAAGGUUCGCCGGCGUGGCCCCGCGUGUGCAAGGUGCACGCUCGCCUCCUGUCAGUGUGGAACACUCGCCCCACAAAGUGUCUCCUUGUGCUUCGAGUGCGCGAAGAAGACUUGCGGCGCGGGAACGCCUCCACGCAGAACGCCAGUCGUGUUUAUGGCAGCACUUCCCGAUGCCGAGUGACGAAAAAGGUUGCCGAGCUUCGUGGACGUCCAUGAAGGACGAGCCGGAAGGGCAGCAGCAGCAGCCCGAGGUGACCAUCGACUUCUACAAGAAGCUCGUCGCCGUCGGUGAUGGCGGCUGCGGAAAGACGUCCCUCAUCAGCUCGUACAUCACGGGCGUCUUCCCGGAGCAAGUGCGGGCCACCGUGUUCGACACCGUCAUCACCGAGGUCACCGUCGGCAAGAAGAAGGUGCGUCUCAGCCUGUGCGACACGGCCGGUCAGGAGACGUACGACACCCUGCGCACGCGCAGUUACGACGACACCGACGUGGUCAUCAUCGUGUUCUCCGUGGACGCCCCCGAGAGCCUGGACAACGUCGAGGUCCGGUGGCGCCCCGAAGUGAAGCACUUCAGCCCCGACGUGCCCAUCCUGCUGGUAGGCAACAAGACGGAUCUGAGGAACGACCCGGAAACCAUCGAGGUCCUUCGCGAGCGGAGGCAGAGCCCCGUCUCGUACCAGGAAGGGCUGGCCGUCGCCAAGAAGAUCAAGGCCAAGGCCUACAUGGAGUGCUCCGCCAAGGACGGCGCCGGAGUCGUCGAGGUUAUCCAGAAGGCGUGCCGCCUAGCUAUCGGGCGGAAGAAGCCAAACCUUUUCCUCAGGCUAUUCUGCAAAUCCUGUACCUGAGCAGGUAAUCGGCGCGUAGGAUCCAGUCCCUGCAUCCUGGGAUGCAACUCCCGCAUCCUGCAGCCUCUCUCUAGCGUUCAAGUAUCCACUGGAAACCGGGCGACGCAAUCAACCAUUUAAACUGCAUGCUAGCGACGAAAAAGACGACGCUUGCGACUCUUACGCGCAGCUCAGGAGAUGGACUCGGGCAUUCGAAGAAACAUCGGACGCAAGAUCAACACUGCUAGCUGUUCGCGUUUGAUUUUACCGUGGUGCGUGAAUGCGCUAAGCAGAGUUACGUAGAGUGUAUAGCGUAUAUUAAAACGAUUUGGUAGGCUAAAAACGCGCUCCGGAAGCACAUCACAGAUGUAACGUUCUAGAUUAUUAAAGCGUAGUUCACUAUUCGGCUGUCUUGAGCCUUAAUUCCACUGUUCUUCAGUUGUAAGCGCGUUUUCACAUUCACGAUACAAAAAGACUUGGCUAUCGUUUGAGGCGCAUUUUCUCUGAACAAGUACCCACUUGCUCCAUACUGAUGUUGUGUUCCACCUUGAUGUCUGCCUCUUUCAAAGAAAAAUUUUUUUUUUUGAGGCCACAAACCGUUAGUCUGAGACAAACAGCUCAUGUCAAGUACACAACAUUGCAUCCGGGCAUAAUUCAGCAAGCUGAUCUUCAGCGUAUGUUUGAGAGACGCGACAUAAAAGUUUAGAGAUGCGCUAAAAGCUCGCAACACGCACGUUUGUGUCGAAGAGGUCUGUGCGCAAUGUAUUGUUUUGUGGACGAAUUCAUUUCCUUUCCGAAAUCGCCCAAGCUAAUUGUUUUUUAACAUUUUUUAUGACACAGCUGGACUUAUAGACUGUAUAUACUAGAUUUUUACUCUACUUGUGAUGAAUAAAACCUGUGUUUUGACGUGU